GGAGAGAGGAACGUGAAAGUGAAAGUGUUCGGUCAGCUGUUCACUCGAUUUUGAGUCGACGGAGCAGAAAACAGGAGACAAACUGCAGUCUGAGGAGACAAACUGCAGUCUGAGGAGACAAACUACAGUCUGAGGAGACAAACUACAGUCUGAGGCUGACUGACUUCAGACCAGAAGAUGAGUGUUCCUGUGGAGAAAGAGGAGGACAGAUCAGAGUUUCCAGGAUCCAGCCGUGAGUCUCUGAAGAGUGAUCAGUCCAAACAUGCUCCUCCAAAGUUCAGUAAUGAACCUGGACCCUCAGACACAAAACUGACUUCAGACCAGAAGAUGAGCGUUUGUGUGGAGGAGGAGAAGGACAGAUCAGAGUCUCCAGGAUCCAGCUGUGUGUCUCUGAAGAGUGAUCAGUCCAAACAUGCUCCUCCAAAGUUCAGUAAUGAACCUGGACCCUCAGACACAAAGAAGAGGAGUCAUGUCUCUGAGAAGAAGCAGCCAUCCUGCUGUGUUCGGUGUCAGGACGUCCUGAAGGAUCUGGUCUCUACCAGCUGUGGACACUGGUUCUGCAGACAGUGCAUCACCUCAGACUGGGACCAGACCUGUCCCCAGUGUGGAAAGAGAUCCAGAACAACAGCUGGACUAUGGACAGACAGUCAGAGCCCAACUGUACAAAUGAAUGUUGAUCUGCAGGAAGUUUUAGUUGAACAUAAGAUCAGUCUGAGGAGGAGAUGUGAACGUGUGAAUGAAGGAUGUCAAGAAACAGGAGGUGAUGGAACAGGAAGUGAUGGAACAGGGCGUGAUGAAACAGGAAGUGAUGAAACUGGAACCCUCCUCAACAGGAUCUACACUGAGCUCUACAUCACAGAGGGACAGAGUGAAGAGGUUAAUACCCAACAUGAGGUGAGGCAGCUAGAGACAGCUUCCAAGAAGACGACCUUCAGUGAAACUCCAAUCAGGUGCUGCGACAUCUUUAAAGCCUCACCUGACCAACAGAGACGCAUCAGAGUGGUUCUGACCAACGGCGUCGCUGGAGUUGGAAAAACCUUCUCGGUGCAGAAGUUCACUCUGGACUGGGCAGAGGGCUCCGAAAACCAAGAUGUCAGUCUGCUGGUUCUGCUGUCGUUCAGGGAGCUGAACCUGAUCAGAGAUGAGCAGUACAGUCUUCUCAGGCUGCUCCAUGUUUUCCAUCCAACAUUACAGAAGGUGACAGCAGAGAAGCUCGCUGUCUGUAAACUUCUCUUCAUCUUUGACGGCCUGGAUGAAAGCAGACUUUCACUGGAUUUCAACAACCAUGAGGUCGUGUCUGAUGUCACACAGGAGUCAUCAGUCAGCGUGCUGCUGACAAACCUCAUCCAGGGGAAGCUGCUUCCCUUGGCUCUCAUCUGGAUCACUUCCAGACCUGCAGCGGCCAAUCAGAUCCCUCCUUCAUGUGUCGACAGGGUAACAGAAGUACGAGGCUUCACUGACGUCCAGAAGGAGGAGUACUUCAGGAGGAGAUUCAGUGAUGAAGAACUGUCCAGCAGAAUCAUCUCACACAUCAAGACCUCCAGGAGCCUCCACAUCAUGUGUCUGAUCCCAGUCUUCUGCUGGAUCACUGCUACAGUUCUGGACCACAUGUUGACUACAGACCAGAGAGGAGAGCUGCCCAAGACCCUGACUGACAUGUACUCACACUUCCUGCUGGUUCAGACAAAGAGGAAAAGGAAGAAGUACAAUGAAGGACGUGAAACGAGUCCACAGGAGCUGACGGAGGCUGACAGGGAAGUUCUUCUGAAGCUGGGGAGGCUGGCAGCUGAACAGCUGGAGGAAGGAAACAUCAUCUUCUACCAAGAAGACCUGGAGCGCUGUGGUCUUAAUGUCACAGAGGCCUUGGUGUACUCAGGAGUUUGUACAGAGAUCUUCAGAAGAGAGAGUGUGAUCUUCCAGAAAACAGUCUACUGCUUUGUUCAUCUGAGCGUUCAGGAGUUUCUGGCUGCAUUCUACAUGAUCCACUGUCAGACCAACAGAAACUCAAAGGUCCUGGGGGACUUCCUGAAAGGACAGAGUGCCUCAUCCCUGGAUGACCUUCUCAGCAGAGCCAUGGAGAAAUCCCUCAAAAGUACAAAUGGUCACCUGGACCUGUUUGUUCGCUUCCUUCAUGGCCUCUCUCUGGAGUCCAACCAGAGACUCUUAGCAGGCCUGCUGGGUCAGAUAGACAACAGUCCAGAAAUCAUCCAGAGAGCCAUCAACAACCUGAAGGAGAUGAAGAGUUAUAAGAUCUCUCCUGACAGAAGCAUCAACAUCUUCCACUGUCUGACAGAGAUGAAUGACCACUCAGUCCAUCAGGAGAUCCAAGAGUUCCUGAAGUCAGAGAAGAGAUCAGAGAAGAAACUCUCUGGGAUCCACUGCUCAGCUCUGGCCUACAUGCUGCAGAUGUCAGAGGAGGUUCUGGAUGAGUUGCACACAGAGAAGUACAACACAUCAUGGGAAGGAAAACAGAGACUGAUUCCAGCUGUGAGGAACUGCAGAAAGGCUCGAUUUAUCAACUGUGGACUCUCAGAGACUCACUGUGAAGUUGUGGCCUCAGCUCUGAAGUCCAGCCCCUCCUAUCUGACAGAGCUGGACCUGAGUCGCAACAACCUGCAGGAUUCAGGAGUGAAGCUGCUGUCGGCUGGACUGCAGAGUCCAAACUGUAGACUGGAGACUCUGAGAUUGAGGGACUGCAGUUUGUCAGAGAUCAGCUGCGCUUCUCUGGCCUCAGCUCUGAAGUCCAACCCCUCCUGUCUCAGAGAGCUGGACCUGAACUACAACAAGCUGCAGGAUUCAGGAGUGAAGCUGCUGUGUGAUUUUCUGCAGAGCCCACACUGUAGACUGGUGAUUCUGAGAUUGGAGGGCUGCAGUCUGUCAGAGAUCAGCUGUGAUUCUCUGGCCUCAGCUCUGAAGUCCAACCCCUCCCAUCUGAGAGAGCUGGACCUGAGUGAAAACAAGCUGCAGUAUUCAGGAGUGAAGCUCCUCUCUGAUCUGAAGGAGAGUCCACAAUGUAGACUGGAGACUUUGAGAGUCUGAUUGAUGAGGAAGGUUGAGGUGUUGAGAGGAUCAGCUGUGUCCUGAUGAUCCAGUGAUACAGAAGUAGCAUCAUCAGCUGGUGGGUGGAGAGGCUCUGACCAGGUAGAGAGGAGAACUUCAUCCAUUAGUGACUGAGCUCCACUGUCACACACAAUGUCCAGUCCACCAUCCAGCUCCAUGAUUUGGGGCCCCAGGUUCAUAGUUCCAGUAACUGCCCUUCCUACUGUCCACUGAAAAUAACAUGAACAGAAACAACUUCAUCCAGUCCAAAUAUAGAUUUAGAAGUGUGCACAAUAAAAACACAGUAACAUAAAUCGUACUUAUUAUUGCCUCAACAAAUAUUUAUUUAACAAUAUAUUUUAAUGAACCGUUUUUAUGCACUACAGUGAAACUUCACCAGCUGCUUGUCACUUUUGUAGCUUCAGGGGAAAAAAUAGCUGUCACAUUGACAGUUUAAGUUUACUGAGCAUGUAAAAAUAUGGGGUUUGAGCCAUGAAUUACCUUAAUUAUUCGUUCAUUUUUUUUAUCUUUCAUCUACACUUUUUCAUCUUAAAAUAUUUAAACUUCAUUGGCCAAAUUCAAAAAGGUAUCUAUAAUAUUGGGGAAGGCAUGCUGAGCCCUCUGAUUAAUAAGCAGGUAUAUGAAGGAAAUGUUUAGACAGCAGUGGAACAUUAAUGUGUAAAAUACACUAAUGUGAAAUAGACUUUAAAUCUUUUGUCAGAUAUUAGAUUAUUAGAUUCACAGAUAUUGUGAAUUGUAUAUUUUCUCAGGGGGGAAAAAAAAAAAAUUUCAGUGCUAUUCUGACAAUCUUGUGGAGUUUUUUUUUUAUCAUCUUCACCUUUUGUAAAUGUUUGCACUGCUUGCACUUUUGUGAAAACACUUUAAUAAAUCUACUGUUCUUAUA